UCGCGCGCUCUGAGUCGAACUAUGCGCUACGCGACACUUCACAGAAGAAGAGAAGAACAACUCUUUCGUCGCAAGACUUCGAAGCUGCGUUGAUUUGGAAAAUGGAACCAGAAACCAGGUCUGGUUGUACCUUUAAACGUACAGUAUGCUUCUUUGCACUUUUUAUUUUGCCCGUUGCCCUGGUGAUACUGGUCGCCGUGGUCUACCGAAAAGAUUUAGAGGGUGCCGUUCCAGCACUCCAACAGUUAGUGGGGUUUGGUGAUCCAACACGUGGAAGAGGCCUUGCAGAAGGCAAUCCAUGUACCUCAGCCAUCGAGGUGAUGCCUUGUAUUCCCGAGACCGUUUUCUUCACCCACUAUUACGAUGCGAGGCUCAAGCAGUGCCUCAACAAAGUCGAUUACGACGUUGGCUGUCUGCAUGUGCCGCCCUCUUACGCCAAUAUGUCCGUCCUGGGAAUGAGAGAAUGCCAGGAAAAGUGCAUCCGCAAGGUCCCCGACGAUAUCUGCUACCUACCUUUCGAGUUCGGCACGUGCACAAAGACUGAUCUCAUUCCUCUGUACUACAUGAAUACUACGACCAACACUUGUCAACAAUGGAGGCCUGAGAACGGAACGUGCAUGGAGCUCCACUACGACUCGGAAGCCGUCUGCGAGCAUCUCUGCGGCGCCGGAAAUGGCGGAUCCAAGUGCAUGACCAAGCGGAAGCUCACCAUGUGUCAUUUCUUGAAGAAAGCCAUUCGAAGAAAAGUUUUCUACAACAGGCUGAGCAACGAGUGCCAAGGGUGGCCGACAUUUUGUUUAGCGGGUCCCAAUAAGUUCCAGGACGAAGAAUCUUGUAGAAGAACUUGCAUUGCAUAAUUAUUGUGAAUACGCUGUCAUACAGGGAGUGCAUACCACGAUCUACGCCAGUUACACGCAUACUUGCCAGAAUAUUCGACUUGCUGAAAAUAUACAUUUCUUCCUUUCCA